UCUGCUUUUCAACUUUUUUUUUUUUUAAUGUUUUGAAUUUUAUGAGUUCAUGAUAAUAUGAAUAUGACUUUUGCAAGAAACUGAAUUUGAAAGAGUGCUUUUUAUCUUUCUUUUGUUAUAAUUUAUCUAAUAUCUUUGCAAAAGAAUUUAUGAAACUCCACUUUAAAGACUUUCAACCAUAUUUAAACCAGUAAAGGAGAAGCUUUCCGCCAUACAAGUUGAUCUAAUCAAGAAGAGAGGGCAAUCUGCUUUAUGGUAAUGAAGAAACUCAGGAAGAUCAAAUUUGCUAGAGUAAAGAAACAUGAGCUGCGAAAAUACAAAUUGCUCUUUCUUCUUGAAUCUCGUCAUGCUGCUACUUUUGCUCAUUUUUAAUUAUGCUGAUCUCGCUGCUUCAGUCUCUUGUCAAAGGGACUGUAGAGGUAUCGCUAUCCCGUACCCUUUCGGAAUCGGAAAAGAUUGCUAUCUCGAGAAGUAUUACGAAAUUGAAUGUCGUAAUACAACUUCAAGAAAGCUUGUCCCUUUCCUUUCUGUAAUUGACAAAGAAGUUGUGAGUAUCUCUCUUCCGAGUGCACAAAGUUAUUUUGCUUAUGAAGUAUCUAAUUUAGAUCGUCAUCAAUCUAUUGGGUUAGUUCGUGUCAAAUUCCCGAUUACGUCCGCAGGAUGUUUCACUGAUGAGAAAGAGUCUGACGGAUCAAAAAUGAACUUCACGGGUAGCCCUUUCUUCAUUGACAGCACAAACAACCUCAUAGCGGCUGGUUGCAACAGCAAAGUGUCAUUGAUGUAUAUAAAGCCGAACAUGGUAGGAUGCGAGUUGAGUUGCAAUACAAACAACGACUCACAUAGCAAUAAUACAAGCAAAGACUCGCAUAGCAAUAGCAUCCCUUUUGUCGAAUCAGGGUGCUCGAGCAACGUUUUAUCCUAUUCUCAGGAUCAAGACUGUACUGAAAUGAAGCCAGAAGAAGCAGAAUGCAGUGGUAACGGAUGUUGCCAGGCAAGACUACCUAACGAGCCUCAACAAGUUAUUGGUAUCAGAACAGAGAGCAAUGAUGGAAACUCGACAACCAAAGUGCAGUGUACAGUUGCUUUCUUAACGGAUGAAAUCUACACUUUGUCGAACGCGACCAAAACAGAACAGUUACUUGCUAAGCGAUAUGCUACGGUUAGUCUAGGAUGGGUAAUCCAGACGAAAAAUCAUUAUUUCCUGAACUCCUUGGCCUGCAAACACAGAGAAUAUAACCACAGUACAGCGUACUCUGCUGAACCUGAAAAAAAGUGUACAUGCGCCAGAAGCACUAUAUCUGAGAUAAGUUAUGCAAAUUGUGGAUGCACCUAUGGUUACACAGGUAACCCAUAUAUUUUGGACGGAUGCAAAGAUAUUGAUGAAUGUAAAGUCAAAUUCCAAUACUGUAAAGAGACAGACACUUGCGUGAAUUUCCAGGGAGGGUAUCGCUGUGUGGGAGAUAAGACUAAAGCAAUAAUGAUAGGAGCGGGUGCGGGUUUUGGGGUCUUAGUCCUAGUGGGUGGAGUAUGGUGGCUGAGAAAGUUUUUAAUAAAGAGAAGGAUGACAAAGAGGAAGAAGAAGUUCUUCAAACGUAACGGGGGACUACUAUUGCAACAAGAAUUGAAUACAAGACAAGGCAAUGUCGAAAAGACGAGAGUCUUCAACUCGAGAGAGCUAGAGAAAGCCACCGAGAACUUCAGCGAAAACAGAGUUCUUGGACAUGGGGGUCAAGGUACUGUGUACAAAGGUAUGCUCGUAGAUGGUAGAACUGUUGCAGUCAAGAAAUCCAAAGUUAUAGAUGAGGACAAACUACAAGAGUUCAUCAACGAGGUCGUGAUUCUCUCCCAAAUAAACCAUAGACACGUCGUCAAACUCUUGGGAUGUUGUCUUGAGACAGAAGUUCCGAUUCUGGUUUACGAGUUUAUCAUCAAUGGAAACCUCUUCCAGCAUAUCCAUGAAGAGUCUGAUGAUUACACUAUGAUAUGGGGAAUGCGUCUACGCAUUGCUGUGGAUAUGGCAGGAGCUCUUUCAUAUCUUCAUUCUGCUGCAUCUUCUCCAAUUUAUCAUAGAGAUAUCAAGUCAACAAACAUAUUACUAGACGAAAAGUACCGAGCCAAGGUGGCUGAUUUUGGAACAUCAAGGUCAGUCACCAUAGAUCAAACUCAUUGGACAACGAUCAUUUCAGGUACGGUUGGGUAUGUGGAUCCAGAGUAUUACCGGUCCAGCCAGUAUACUGAAAAGAGUGAUGUUUAUAGCUUUGGAGUCGUUCUAGCAGAACUUAUUACUGGAAAUAAGCCUGUCAUAACGGUACAAAGCAGUCAAGAAAUAGUAGCCUUGGCAGAGCAUUUCAGACUUGCCAUGAAAGAGAAGAGACUUUCUGAUAUCGUUGAUGUUAGAAUAAGAGAUGAUAGCAAACCGGAACAAGUUAUGGCAGUGGCAAAGGUGGCGAUGAAGUGUUUGAGCUCAAAAGGAAAGAAACGUCCGAAUAUGAGACAAGUUUUUACGGAGCUGGAAAGGAUCUGUACUUCUCCUGAGGAUUCACAGGUGCAAAAUCGGACUGACGAAGAAGAGGAAGAAGAAGAAGGAGAAGAAGAAGAAGUUGUGACAAUAAUAAACAGAGGCGAUUCUUGGAGCAUUGGUGUUACUGCUCCAGCCUCUAGUAUUGUGGCUUCACCUCCUUCUUCAGAUGUUGAACCAUUGUUUCCUCGUCUCACAUGGUGACACUGUCGGAUCUUAAGAGUAUGGUGAACAAAUGUGAUGUAUCUGAUUAAAACGUUUGUGUGUAUAGAUUUGUAACCCAUUUGUAUUGUUGUAAGUCUUGAGUUAGUAGUUGUACUAUAGACUUGUGUUUUGAGAUUUAUAAUAUA